ACCUAGUACAGAACCUUCGCUCUGUUCACUCCCUGCUCGACGUCCUCUGCGUCAUUCCCGUCGCUUCUGCCGUCGUCGAAUCAGUCGUCGUCGCUGCGCCCGACGUUGACAAGGACGACAAUUCCCUCUUCCUUGUUCAUUGGUCCGUUCCCCCCAAGAUUCAAGGUAGUAAAGCAACCAAUAAUAUAUCCCACCUCGUCCCAGCCAUACCAGUGCUUACUUUCCGCCCCUUCUUGAAGAAAUAGGCGAGCUGUCACCUCUCAGGCUUUCACUCAAUAUCUGUUACUAUAUCUCCUCUUGAUCACACACUCCUGCAAUGUCUCCCAACCCAUCCCAGAAUUCACCUUGGCCAGCUCAAACAGCUCCACCAUCAUCAUCAUAUUCAUCAUCCAAGAGAAGGAGACCUGAUGUGGGGCCUUCUUGGUCAUCAUCGCUGGGAAGGAGACAAGGAACUACCAUCUCGAAUCAGAGUGCGCUCGCGGCAGCCGAGACUCAAUGUGAAAUAUACGCUGAUAAUAGUCAGGUGACUUGCUAUCCAGGCGCAGGCGAUCUCGUGGUUCAGCACGAGUGGGCACCCGUUGUCUGGAACAGUAGACGGCCGCAACUUUUGCAGUUCAAUAUCGUCCAGCUAUUCUUGUACAAUGCCGAUACGAACUCGCCUAUUCUCAAUUUCACACAAACAAAUCCAACUGGUUAUGCCGGUGAAAUGAAUACGCCAGUGGAUGAUACGUGGUUUGGAGACAAGGGCAAUACAUGGACGCAAGGAUCUGGAAACUUCUCAUACCCAUUUUAUUGGGUCGUGACCAAUCAGAAUGGUCUGAAUGACUCUCUAACCACAAAUCCCACGUUCACGGCUAUUCAAACCACAUAUGCAGAUAAUGUCGUUUCAUCUAUGCAAUCCUCGUCAUCUGCCGCCGCUGCAUCAUUAUCAUCUGCUGCCGCUGCGUCGUCGCUAUCCAGUUUACAUGCAUCUGGGACUUCAUCGUCGACUCCAACGGGAAAUGUUCAGUCAAACAGUGCAAAUACGGCUUUUCCUCAUUGGGCAAUAGCAGUCAUCGUGGUACUCGGAUUUCUCGCCAUCGCAGCCGGUGGUGUCUUGAUUUGGGUAAUUGUACGCCGCCUACGAAGACGUCAACAGCACUCGAAUCGAGGGUCUAUGGGUUCUUCGUCUCCGAUGAUGGCCAAUGCCCAGAACUCCAACUCCCCUCAACUACCGUUGUUGGGGGCUGGGAUAGUGGGUGCGGCGGCUGGACGGACAUCAUCAGAACAACAUCAUCGGCCUGGAUCCAUCGUAUCUCCGGAUGGUGCAUCUGACAUCUCACGGGCACACUCUGCGGGUGACACCGGUCCAUUUUCAGGAGCCGAUGCAGCCAUCAUGGCGGAUGCAUUUAGGAAAGCAUUGCGCAAACCUGAUUUUGCAGGGCCCCCUGUUGAGGAGGCCGAGGACCAUAGAGAUGACGCGAUCAUGAAUCGUGAAUUGGCAGAAGAAGGACGGGACAUACGGAGUGUCAGCUCAUCACGGGGGGUUAGGGUGGAAACUCUGAGUGAGACUGGUGGUACUGCGCAAGAUCACUAGGAUUUCUUGUGCGCUUUACUUUAUUUUAUUUCACUUUCGACUUCUCAACGUUGGUUGUAUAUUUUCUCGGAUACCUUUUGCGAUCCUCACGUUGUUGUCACACCCUCGUCGCCGUGUAGUUCGCACCUCUGCUUGCCCUUCUGACCCGCAUAACUCCACUUCUCUAGUCUCCGUUUUUCCGCACCACCCCCUUCACACCUUCCUUCGCUGCAUGGCUAGU